CUUGAGUCCACAAUUGAACCAGACUUCUCGCAUUCAAGCAGAUCAUACCAUCACCAUGGCCGCUGCUAUAUCUCAACUACCGAGCUCCGAUCUCUCCCACUUCUCAAGGAAGCAGCACCUCGCCCAAACCUUCGAAGCCUACCGAGCCGAGCUCGACGAUGAAAAUGCUCUCAGGGAAUCACUGAUAAUCCUCUCCCGCUCCAUCACCCAGCUCUCCAAGAAACUCAUCUUCCACCUUCACCGCGGUGCCACCCUGCCCACCCCUGCCCAGCGUCAGAAGAAUCUCGAACAAGGCAAAGGCAAGGAGAGAGAGAUUGCGCUGCUUUUUGAGCAGAUCAGAGAUAAGCUGCGGAAGGCGAAUAAGCGAAGUGGGAUGAGAAAGGGUGGAAAGGGUGAGGAGGAGAGGGAGGUCAGGGAAGAAGAGGAAGAGGAUGGAUGGGAGUGGGGUUUCUGGAAGUGGAGAAAGUCUGUUACACCUGGACUAGAAGAGUACAUCGAAGGUCUCUCGUUCAUGUGGUAUCUCGAACACGGCAGCCUCGUCUCUCUCGAAGAUGUCCAAAAAGCCGUGUCUGAUGAGAACGGCCAGCCGUACCUCGUCGUCACACCAGAAGACUACAUCCUCGGUAUGUCUGACCUCACCGGCGAGCUCAUGCGAUACGCCACCAACGCUCUGGGUACUGGCGACCACGAAACACCGUUAGCAGUCUGCGACUUCGUCCGAACAGUCAAAACCCACUUUGACGCCAUUAACCCCGACUCUCUCAGGCAACUCUCAAAGAAACAAGACGAGACCCAACGCUCUUUGGAGAAGAUCGAAAAAGUCUGCUACGCCCUCCGCCUUCGACUUAUCGAAUUUGCCGACCGGCCUGAUAUCCUCGCGCAGAUGGCAAAGAGGGCGUUGGAUGAUGUUGCUGAUAAGGGUGGGAGUGGACCUGCUGCUGAGUAAUACUCAGGCUCGAGAGACAUGCGCAGGGUAUAUGAAGGGAGCCGGAGAGAAUACAAGACCAGCAGCAUCGACAGAUAUAUCGGCAUCAUUUGUACAGUAAUCAUACAGGCAUCUGGCUGUGGACGAGUAUCAUAUGUACUGAA